AUGCACGGUUUUACUCUGGUGCAAUCCUCGACUAUUCCGGACAUAUCAGCCCAGCUGUAUGUCUUCGAUCACGACCAGUCCGGUGCCCGUUUGAUAACGCUCAGCAACUCUGACUCCAAUAAGGCCUUUGGAGCAGCCUUUCCAACUCCACCAGAAGAUAAUUCGGGCGUGGCACAUGUACUGGAACACUCAGUACUCUGUGGUAGUCGGUCGUAUCCUACCAAAGACCCCUUUGCGACGCUGCUGCAGUCAAGUCAUCAGACCUUUUUGAAUGCUCUCACAUACCCCGACAGGACUUGCUAUCCGGUGGCCUCGUGUAAUGGUCAAGACCUGUAUAACCUGGCUGAUGUAUAUAUCGACUCGUUGUUGCACCCCAAGGUGGUCGAGGAGGACUACAUCAUCAGGCAGGAGGGCUGGCGAGUGCAACCAGGUGAGGCGCCGGAGGAGACUUCAACUCUGCAAGGGGUUGUCUAUAAUGAAAUGAAAGGCGUUUAUUCAAGCGCUGAUAUGCUGCAUUACCGAAUGAUAGGCCGGGCGUUGAACCCGGAGAAUUGCUAUCGAUUUGAUAGUGGUGGAGAUCCUGGCUGCAUUCCCAGGGAGCUGAAUCAGGAAGGGCUGGUGGAGUUCUAUAAGGCUCAUUAUCAUCCCGGCCGAGGGCUCUUCUGGUUCUAUGGUGAUGGGGAGGUUGGGAAACAAGUUGAAUGGUUAUCAGGAAAACUAGGGGAGUAUAAUCGUCCAAAAUCCUCAUUGGACUUCGACAACGCUCAGAAGUACAUGCAGCUUUGA